GAGAAGAGAAGAGGAGAGGUGGGCGUCUGUCUGUCGUCACCAAACCACGUGUCCUGCACUGAUAGUAUAUCUUAUACUGGGGGAAAAGUAAUCUAUCAGACAGUCCCUUUUUUAAAAAGCUCCGGCCUCUUUAAAAAGCAGCAUGUGUCAUCUCGACUUGGCUCUCCAAAUAUCACUCCUGUAGGAAAUAUACGCGCAGAGCAGUGGACGUCUGGAGCGCACAAGAAGUCUCCACAUCUCCAAAACAACUUCGAGAGGCAAGACUUUUACACUUUUACGCAGGCCUGCUGCUCACUUACCGAGUGGAGACAUAUUUGUAGAAGAAGUUGAAGUUUCUUUGGCUUGACCGGCUUGCUUUACCGGCAUUUAGUUGUUUUUUUUGGAGACUCUUUGACAGGAGCGACCAGAAGAAGUCCAAGCGGUGUGUGCGCACUGACUGACUGACUGACUGGUGCUCACCUAUACACCCAAAGCUUUUUUUUGGCUCCAGUAGACUUUAAAAAAAGAAAAAAAAAAAGUAUAUUAAGUGAAAAGUGAGAUGACCCUGUCUGGAGGCAGCGACAGAGCCAGCGACAUGUCCGCCGGCCAAACUGUGCUCACAGCGGAGGACGUGGACAUCGACGUGGUGGGUGAAGGAGACGAGAUGGAGGAGAGCACCAUGGAGAGGCUGGACAGCGACUGCGACAGCCCGGUGGAACGCAUCCUUCUCCGGGGAGACGAAGAGGAAGUGGAGGAGGACGAGGAGGUGGAGGAUGACAUCGAGGUGGAGAAGGAGGAGGUAGGAGGCAGUCCGAGCUGCGAGGAGGGAGACACCGGGAAAGGAGGAGAAGAGGGUCAAGAGAGUGGAAGUGGAGCAGCUGGAGGUGGUAUCCAGAAGCCGAAAAACAGCCUCGUGAAGCCGCCGUACUCCUACAUCGCCCUCAUCACCAUGUCCAUCCUCCAGAGCCCGCAGAAGAAGCUCACCCUCAGCGGCAUCUGCGAGUUCAUCAGCAGCCGCUUCCCGUACUACCGGGAGAAGUUCCCGGCGUGGCAGAACUCCAUCCGGCACAACUUGUCUCUCAACGACUGCUUUGUGAAGAUCCCGCGGGAGCCUGGUAACCCCGGUAAGGGCAACUACUGGACGUUAGACCCGGCGUCCGAGGACAUGUUCGACAACGGCAGCUUCCUGCGGAGGAGGAAACGCUUCAAGAGGGUUCAACCGGACAUGUUGAGGGACCAAACUGCGCUUAUGAUGCAGAGUUUCGGUGCGUACAGCCUCGGUGGGCCUUACGGGAGACACUACGGCAUCCACCCAGCGUACGCGCACCCAGCGGCGCUCCAGUACCCGUAUAUCCCCCCGGUUGGUCACAUGCUACCACCGGGUGUCCCGCUCCUCUCCUCCGCGGAGCUCAACCGGAAAGCCUUCAACUCGCAGCUCAGCCCGAGUCUCCAGAUGCAGCUCAACAGCUUGAGCACCGCGUCCAUGAUUAAGUCGGAGCCGCCGUCGAACAACAGACCGUCGUUCAGCAUAGAGAACAUCAUUGGAGUGUCCAGCGCGUCAUCGGUGUCACCCGGUGCUUUCCUGCGGCCUCCGGUGACCGUUCAGUCGGCCUUGCUGAGCGCGCAGCAGUCGCUCUCCUUGUCGCGGAGCUCCGCAGCUAUCGCUCCCAUGCUCAGCGUGCCGUCUAAUAUGCUCUCUGGACAUGUUUUACCUUCAGCCAAAUGGCCUUCACAAUGACUUUGAAAGCAAAAAGAAAAGAAACUCUUAUUUUUUUAUAUAUAGAGACAUUGUGUGACAGUGUGAAGAGCACAAAUCAAUAGAAACACUGGACUCCAUGUAAGAGACUGUUGAAUACAGAGGAAACAAGAAAAAAAAGGAGGUAUUUCUGGACAUGUUUUACCAUCAGCAGCAUUCACAAUGACUUUGAAAGCAAAAGAAAAAAAACUCUUAUUUUUAUAUAUAGAGACAUUGAGACAAAUCAAUAAAACACUGGACUCUGUAGCCAUGUAAAGACUGUUGAGACAGAGAAAACAAGAAAAAAGGAGAUAUUUCUGUACAGGUAAUAUUUGUAAAUAUUUGUUUAAAAAAAAUAAUGAUUUUACCUGUUUUGUUUUUUUCUGUUUUGAAAUCUGUGAUAAUUAUUUUUUUCAUUUCUUUUUUGUAUCGGAAGCUCAACUGGACAUUUUUUUUGCUUCCUUUUCAUA